AUCUUGACCCGAAGUACAACUGGGACGUCGUGUGUUCUAUAAGCAUGGCAGUUAUAUCAUUUAUUCAUUUACAAUUCAAAACGAAAAUUGCAAAGAAAAGUUGAAGUUGAAGCUAGGAAAUGAGACCUAACAUUGUCACCGAGGCAGGAUUGCCUACUAGAGUGGGACAAUGGUGGGAAAGCAUUCCAUUUCUAACUUCUGCUGUGGUGGUUGUUUGUGGGACCAUUUACUUGGUUUGCCUCUUCAUCGGAUAUGACUCCUUUUAUGAAAUAUGCUUCUUGCCAUCUGCCGUUAUAUCACGAUUUCAAGUUUACAGGAUUUAUACUUCCAUUGUUUUUCAUGGUUCAUUGCUUCAUGUGCUGUUCAACAUGCUGGCUUUGGUGCCCUUGGGUUCUGAACUUGAGAGAAUCAUGGGAUCUAUCCGCUUGCUGUACUUGAUAAUUCUGUUGGCCACAAGCAAUGCUAUAUUUCAUCUUCUAAUAGCAUUGUUGGUAGCCCAUAAUCCUUUUCAUGCAUACCAGAAUCUCAUGGAUGAGUGUGCAAUUGGCUUCUCUGGAAUCCUAUUUUCUAUGAUUGUGAUAGAGACGAGUUUGAGUGGAAUUCAGUCAAGGAGUGUGUUUGGUCUCUUUAACGUUCCUGCUAAGUGGUAUGCAUUUAUCUUGUUGAUAGUAUUCCAGCUUCUCAUGUCAAAUGUCUCUUUACUUGGACAUCUGUGUGGCAUCUUGUCAGGAUUUGCAUAUAUUUAUGGCUUUUUCAACUUCUUGAUGCCGGGAUCAACUUUCUAUUCUGCCAUUGAGGCCUCCUCUUUUCUUUCUUCUUGUGUGAGACGACCAAAAUUUAUUAUGUGCACUGGUGGGAAUUCUUCAGCGUAUAUACCCACAUAUUCCAGCCAAAACACGACUUCAAGUGGAUUAUUAUCUGGAAACAUAUGGAGGAACUUGUCUUCGUGGAUACCACAGAGGGAAACAUCUGUUCAGUCAACACAAGACAGCAGGUUUCCUGGGAGGGGAAGAACUCUUGGUUCUACAGGCAGUCAAGUGAUUCCUGCUGUCAAUUCAGAUUCUAACCUGCAGGCGAGACUCUUGGAUGAUAGCAACUCAGACAAUUCAUCAAAUUUGGGUGUAACGGGUACAGUAGAGAGACUAUCAGAUGGAAGGAGGUCAGGAGUAGGUAAUACAGUUCCAGCAGCUCCAGAAGGUCCUACACGCCAUCAGGAUUCAGUUGCUUCUGAUGAACAAAUCCAAAAACUUGUAUCUAUGGGUUUUGAGAAGACACAAGUUGAAGUUGCACUAGCAGCUGCUGAUGGAGAUCUUAAUGUAGCAGUUGAAAUUCUUAUGAGUCAGCAGGGGUAAAUUGCAAAAUAAUCUAAGCCAUUGACUCAUCAGAUAUGAAUCUCCCUGGGUACUCUGUUCAACUUUUCUUGUUGCCACCUAUCUGAAAUCUCAUAUGUGGAUGCACUUCAUUGAUAGCUUGUUCAACAAAAGUAGGAGGAAGGGGAAAACUUUUUGAGCAUGAACCUGUGACUAACUUCUGUUGAAAGAAAGGGCUAAACUGGUAAAAUGUUGUCAACAAAUUGGAAAGAGACUGCUGUACUGAUAAACUGAUGAUGAUCUCUUUAUGGUUGUAUAAAUGUUUAAUACUUCGUAGAUGUAUAAAAAUUAUGCUUGAAAUAAGUUGAUCAAGAGUCUCUAGGUCAGCAAAUCUUAAAGCUGCUACUGUAAUCCUAUCUAUGCAGUUCACCUGCGGCAUUGAAUCCAAAUCAUAUACCCUAUCGAUAUUAUAAUUUUAGUUCUGCUUUGAAACUCA